AUGGCAGAUCCCAAGAUUCAGGAGCUGCUGAACAAGCCGCGCAACGAGCUCACCGAAUACGAAAUCGCAGAGCUCGAAGAGCACGAAUUCACCUCGGGCCCCCUUUCGAUCCUCCAGACCGCCGUCAAGUCGCACACCCAGGUCCUCAUCUCUAUCCGCAACAACCGCAAGCUCCUUGCUCGCGUCAAGGCGUUUGACAGACAUUGCAACAUGGUUUUGGAGAAUGUAAAGGAGAUGUGGGACGAGACGCCACGAUUAGCAGAUGGAAAGAAGGGACGACCUGUGAACAAGGAUCGAUUCAUUAGCAAGAUGUGA